CAUAAUUCAACUGAAUAAUGGUUGGAUAGUUUUUUAAAAUAGAAUUAAGUGAAUUUGGUCCAUAUCAAGAUGCUGUUCUCUCAGAUUAUCAUUUUGUUAAUCAUUCUAUUUUAUCUCCAAUGAUGAAAAUAGGAUUAAUAAAUAGCAAUCUAACUGUUGAAAAAACACUACAAUAUUAUAAAGAAUAAAAAACACCUAUUUAAUCAGUAGAAGGAUUUCUUAGAUAAGUAAUUGGUUGGAGAGAAUAUGUUAGAUUAUUGUAUUAUUUUGAAGGCUAGUAGUAACUGAAUGCCAAUUUUUUUAAUCACUAAAAUUAAAUCAAAAUUGGUAUACUUAUGAUUGAAAAGACUAUUAAAUAUGCUUAUCUUCAUCAUAUUGAAAGAUUAUUGUAUAUAAGAAAUACUAUGCUAUUGUAUGAAAUCAAUCCAAAAGAAGUAUUUAAAUGUUCAUAUAGAUAGUUAUGAGUGGGUAAUGGCACCAAAUGUAUUUGGUAUGACUUAACAUGCAGAUGGAGGAAGAAUGAUGACAAGACAAUACAUUUGUUCAUCUAAUUACAUGCAAAAAAUGAGUAAUUAAAAUA